AAAUUAGGGCCGUUACGUACAGAACCAGUUUGUCUACAGACGGCGGACGCGGCUCUUUGUGUAUUGUCGUCGGAGUCAAGACCGUCGAGCUACAAAGAAGCCGAGGAGAGGGACCAACUGAGGCUAGGGUGUAAUAGUUUUAUAUCUUCUUUAAUUUUAGCGUCGAUAAGGCAGCAUAAUGGCCGAUAAGAUGGAUAUGUCUUUAGACGAUAUUAUCAAGCAGAACAGGCAGCAGAGAGGUGGAGGCCGCGGUGGAAGGGGCCGAGGCCGCGGAGGUUCAGGUGGUGGCCGUGGAGGAGGUGCGGGGCGUCUUGGAGGCAGCGGCGGAGGCUUUGGAGGCCGAGGCGGCGGAUCCGGCCCCAUGAGGAACCGACAGAACCUGAACCGCGCUAGAGGCAGACCAACGCCAUACAGCAGGGUAUGAGAAAAUUAAGAGGAGUGGGCUGAAAAAGGAAACUCUUCGGCAGACCUGAAAGUGUCCCGGGUAGCGUCCUUCUGAUCUUCACUAGGCCUGCUAGCUAAGCCACUAGCCAAUGCAAUGAUUACGCUUACCGCCGAGUUUACCCGGUAGGAGAGCUCUGUAGUUUUAUCAUUAAUGGAAGUUGUAUUCAUAAUGUGUCCCUUCUCCCACAACCCAUAAGUGUUGCAUCAUUUUGCAAGAAGAGGCUUUUUGGAAAGAGAGAGAGCGUUAGCCGUUUGGGCUAGCCAGGCCCAGUCGGCGCCAUUUUGAAUCCAGCACCUUAUGUUAAUGCGAGCCAUCGACGAUCAGUUUCGGUGUACUCGACAUCUUACAUCGAAUUGAUGGGGAGAGGAAACCACCUCCUUCAGAUUAUUCUCCCAGAAAUGAUUUUUUUUUACCACCCGUUGGAGCUUAGUUUUCUGCCGCCGCCCGUUGCAGCGACCUGGCGGCCUUUGUUCGGGAGUGGCGGGGUUCACAUCAAGGCCUGUUUGGUGGCUUCUCGACCGUUGUGGCUGGUACUUAAGGACGGAUCAGUGGACUUCAACCCUCUGGUAGUGUUCACUUAAGGCAGAUCUUCUAUCUUACUAUGAAAAUAAUUAUCUAGACAUACCCACCAACGCAGAUCAAAAUGGCGUGGUCUCAAAAUGGACGCUGAUAUAAUCCAGAGGUGAAAGCUGGUCUGUUUCUAGUCCCCCUCAUCUUAUGGACUCUCUCCCCUUCAUGAAAGCCCCUUUUGGCUUUGUAAAGAACUCUUGGGCGGGCCGGGAAUCUUGGUGCAACGCUGGAGGCAACGCUGCUUCAGAAGGGGACCUCCUGUGUACCCGAGGAUCUGGAGGCGCAGAUGGCAUCAGUGGGCUGUACUGGUAUUUAGCCAGGGUGGGCUAGCUGCUCAGGGUUCUCUUUGAGAUUGUGGGUGGUUCGGGGAUGCUAAUGUCAUUGCUAAUUAAAGUCCUAAGCUCAAACGGAGUUACAACCUCAGUAUGAUUGAAGUAUUAGUCUGCAUUUAGAAACUCUACAACAAAUCCCCUGUGUGUCACAGUUCAUCUGUUUGUCUUGUGUAUGUCCUCUGUCUGAAGUGAUUCACUUGCUUGUAGUGAUGGGGUGGGCAGGGAUCAUUGGGGGACCCUCUUGGGGGAGUUGAGCACCCUGGCCUUGUUGGAAGUGGAGCCCCUGCUUGCCCCAACACCCAGCCGUGUGGACUCUGUGAUUGACAGAGGCAAGGGGAUCCUGAAGUCAGCAGGUGCGUUCUCUUUCAUCUGUUGCAGCCCAAACAACUUCCAGAUAAGUGGCAGCAUGACAUGUUUGACAACGGAUUCAGCGGCUUCAAUGGUGCUGCUGGGGGUGGCGGAGGAGCCGGGGUGGAAACUGGAGGGAAGCUUCUUGUGUCCAAUCUCGACUUUGGGGUCUCAGAUGCAGACAUUCAGGUAUUUGGGCUUCACCUGUUUCUCAAUUGUCAUUUCUUCAAGCACCUUGACUAAAAGUUUGCUCAGAAAUUAACAUCAACGUGUGAUUCUUUAUGUAGGAACUCUUUGCUGAGUUUGGGACUCUGAAAAAGGCGGCAGUUCACUACGACAGAUCAGGAAGAAGCCUUGGAACAGCAGAUGUACAUUUUGAAAGGAGGGCAGAUGCCCUGAAGGCCAUGAAACAGUACAAUGGCAUCCCACUUGAUGGUAUGCUGCAGACGUUUUGCACUGAUUUGUCAUUACAACAUGAAUAAUCUGAUGAUUCCAGUAUCACCACCCCUCCGCAGUCCUUAUGAUUAUUACUUUGUCUCCCUUAGGGCGGCCCAUGAACAUACAACUCGUCACAUCACAGAUUGACACACAGAGGCGACCGAUGCAGGGGUGAGUUCAGCUUUCUUUUGGAUCACCGACUUGAAUAACAGUUUGGACACGGUUCUUACAGUCUCUCUUACCUUAGCCUAAGCAGAGGUGGUGGAGGCAUGAACAGAAGUCGUGGGGGCAUGCAGAGAGGCCGCGGAGGACGAGGUGCAGGUGGCGCCAGAGGAAGAGGACGAGGGGGCCGAGGCGGCGGCGGCAGCAGCAAGCAACAGCUGUCAGCAGAAGAGCUGGAUGCUCAGUUAGAUGCCUACAAUGCCAGAGUAAGUUCAGGUGUGAACAAGGGGAUGUCAUCAGGCUCAGUGCGUUUUGGCAGCUGUCUUAUUGAACCUUUCUUUUUGUUUUCUCAGAUGGACACCAGCUAAGAAAGAAGUUUCUCCCAGUUGACCUCUUCUUUUCUGCACUGAAGGGCAGCUGUUACAAAUGUGCAGAAUAUUUUACACAUGGUUGUCUUCUGAGUGAUUGACUGUAUUGUUCCAGCCUCUUCUUUUAAAUGCUCCAAAGUGUUUUUUACCAGAUUUUUUUUUUUUCUCACGAAAAAGGUUUUGGCUGUAGGUUAUUAUCAAUUGGGUUCUCCCAAUUCUCUCCUCUUCCCUGUAGUGUAUGACAGUUGUAAUAAAACCUGCAGUACAUAUUAACCUAAUGUUGUGUCUGUAUUUCAAGUUCUUUGUGUGUAUGUUUUCUGAGCCCUGUUAAAAUUGAUCAAUGAAAGGGAGCAGUGUCUGGGAAUAUUUGAUACGGAUACUCUCCCUUGUAAGGGUACUUGUGGACACUCUUAGGAUGUUAUGGUGAAAAAGGAAAUGGUUUAUUUCAAGUUGCCCUCUAUGAUUUUUGUAUUUGGUGAUUAAUCACUGAUUCAAACAUACAUAAAUGCUGAUUUAACUAUGAAUUAAGUUUCUGCAGAAUGCAGCUCACUUUUACACCCUGAAAAAAAGCUGAAGCUUAGUGUCAGAAUUUUAACAUUUCAUUCAGACAAAGCCAUCCACUUAAUGUGUGUUGGGUCUUUCAGUGAGUAUGAUGGGUAUGACAUUCAUGUAAUAUAAUUUAUAUUUAUGUUGGUAAACCUUCCUUAUGAUAAUAUACAUCAGUGUCAGUACACAAAAAUUAUAAUAAAGUCUUCAAGAGUCUUCCCGGCA